AUGCAAAAUGGUAUAGCAAAGCACAUUGCAAACAGUGUGGCCAACAGUCUGAUGAAGUGUCUUGGUAACAUGGGCUCAUCUGGGCACAAUUCAGGGAUGCCAUGUCCUGAUCAGAAUGGCUCAGGUGUCUUUGGUAAUCAGAAAUGCAGUGGCCUUGACAACUUGCUUGGUGGGAAUUCUGGUAACACGAAUUGCUCUGUAAAGAAUCUCGACUACACGUAUGCAGUGAAUAACAUGCUAAGAAAUGCAAGACAGAACUCACAGGCAAUGCCAUGUAACACCACACCAGGAAUGGGCAACAAUUGUACACCAGGAAUGGGAGGAAUGAAUGGUAUGGGUGGAAUGGGAAACAACUGUAUGCCUGGUAUGGGUGGAAUGACACCUGGAAUGGGUAAUAUGGGUAAUAAUUGUAUGAAUGGUGGGAUGAUGCCAGGAAUGGGCGGAAUGGGUCAAAAUUGCAUGCCUGGAAUGGGUGGAAUGGGCAAUAUGGGCAAUAGCUGUAUGAAUGGUGCUAUGGGAGGAAUGAAUAAUAAUUGUAUGGGCGGAAUGGGUAAUGGAAUGGGCAAUAAUUGCAUGCCUGGAAUGAAUAAUCGUAGAAAGAAAUACAAGAAAUCACAAUGUGGAAUGGGAAACAACUGUAUGAAUGGUGGAAUGGGAAAUAAUUGUAUGAAUGGAAUGGGUGGAAUGUCAGGUAUGGGAAAUAACUGUAUGCCAGGAAUGAAUAAUAAAAGUGGAAUGGGAAAUAAUUGCAUGCCAGGAAUGGGAGGAAUGAUGUCAGGAAUGGGAAAUAAUUGUAUGCCUGGAAUGGGCGGAAUGAUGGGUGGAAUGGGUGGAAUGAAUUCAUUCAAUCCAUGUCAGGGAAUGGGAAUAGGAGGAAAUGCAAGUAACGCCUAUCCAGGUGGAAUGGGAUCCAACAGCGGAUGCUCAAGCAACUUUCCAGUUGGAUGCUACAACGAGCAUCCGUCUCGUAGAAACUGUCACAAGAAGUCAAAGAAGCGCUACAAACAGAAGAACAAAUGA